AUGCCACCAAAAAUCCCUCCUACGACCUCGCUGGUCUGUGUGGGCACGCCGCUGCUGCUGGAAGACCCCGAGGACGCCGAUGUGGAGGUGGAAGAGGAGGUGCCCGCGGAAGCAGUAGAAGCGCCCGACCCGUCGCCUCCGCCCAGACUAUACGUGGCAGAAGCUGAUUCGGCCGCGGACGACCAUCCUGUGGAUGACGAGUCUGAAAGGCUACUCCAUGCUGAAGAGGAGCUCGAGGCGUGGGCCGAGGUUGAGCUGAUUGUCGAGCUUGCAAAUGUGGUCGAGGCGAGCGAGCUGGGAACUGUGGAGCUCGAGGUUGUGUUCAACGAAGAAAUUGGUGUCGAUAGUGAUGGUGAUGAUGACAGAAGAGAGGAGGAGGAAGCGAACGAAUUAGAAGUGGAGCUGAGGGUAGAGAAGGAUGACGACGACAGCGGCGACGACGAUGAUGAUAUGUGCGUUAAGGACAAUGCUGCUGGUAUCGAUGUGGUCGCCGCAGAGGAGGACAGGCCGGUCUCAGAAGAAGAAGACCCCGUCACUGUCUCAGACGACGAGGUCGCCGUCGCAGAGUCGGCAUCAGAGGAGGGUCUGUGCCGAGAGAGUCGCACCGGCGCCAUUGAUGAUUUGGACGACGCUGACGGUCUGCACGACCUCGGUGAUGGUGGUAUCCCGGGAAUCCAGGACUGCUGCUGCUGCUGCGGCGGCGGUGUCGGCCCUGCGAUUGUGGAACUCCUCAUGAGAAUGAGCGUGGGCGUCGCUGUGAGCCUUGCGGUUGUUCUUACGGGCCUGAAAGAGUGA